AAUUAACCGUGACGCUAUCGCGUUUCAUACAAACAUUACAGACCAUUACAAAGUUUACCAAAACCAGCAAUUUCAAAUAUUUGGUAUUACAGAGCGCCUUAACUGUCGGAAAUUUUUUUCCUGGAUUUCUUAUCAUCCCCAAGCGAUCAUGUCGAGUUACGGGGCACCAACACUUGUCAACGUUCCUCGUUUGAACGAGAUGAACGCCAUUCAAGGCAUCAAGAGUUUGCUGCAGCAUGUCGACAAAGGAGAAUUAAAAGAUCUUUUGGAGAACGAGGAGCAGCUCAAUGUUAUCAUAUCAGAUAACGAUGAGGUAAGUUUUUCAGUGCUCGCCUAAUCCUUCUUUUUUGAUAUUGUUAGAAAUCGAAAUCACUUGCUUUUUUUUAAUAAUUAACACACAAGCUUAUUGAUGUCAACUUUAAAAUCUUUAUACGUAUUUGAUUGUAUGUUAUUGCUGGAUAAGCUUUCUAUAGGCAAGUUUUUUUUCAGGAGGAUUGAAUUGUACAAGGUAAGGUGAAACAUACAUGUAACUUUUGGAGCCGCAGGAUGAGCUGUUAAGUCACCUAGUUGCAGUAGUGACUAACUGUGAAGACUAAUUAUAAAUUAACGUUUUUUUGGGAUGAAUGGAUCUGAGGAGAAGUAUGAAAAUCCAUUCCCAAAAUUUGGUAAUAUUUAGCGGAUAAUAAGUUUGAAGUCUAAUCAUGGUACUUCCAACACUUCAUGGCAGCCAUGCUGGCCCCGGUUGUUCAAAAGAUGAAUAGCGCUAUCUAUCAGGCCACGGUUGUUCAAACGUUGGAUAGCACUAUGCACUGGAUAAAUCACUAUCCAGCGGAUAAGUAUUUGGGAAACCAAUUGCACUAUCCACUGAAUAGAGAUUUAUCCACCGGAUAGCACUAUCCACCUUUUGAACAACUGGGAAGAGGCCUUGGUUGUUCAAAGGUUGGAUAGCUCUAUCCACUGGAUAAAUCUCUAUCCAAUGGAUAGUGCAUUUAGUUUCCCCAGUACUUAUUCGCUGGGUAGUGAUUUAUCCACUGGAUAGCACUUGCUAUCCAACGCUUUAUCCAGCGUUUUAACAACCGGGGCCAGAUAAAUCACUAUCCAAUGGAUAAGUUUUAGGGAAACCAAUAAUGUAAUAUCCAGUGGAUAGUCAUUUAUUCAGUGGAUAGUGCUAUCCACCUUUUGAACAACUGGUACCUAGUGGAAAAUAAGAAAAGUGUUUCCCACUGUGGCAACUUUUUUCAUAAAAAUCCUGGGAAAAUUGUGUUACUGUUUCGUCCACCAGCAUUGCUGCCUUGUCAAAACCAUCAACAGUGCAGACAGAAGGUAAGAGAGGUAUGCAAAGUUGCCUCAACUCCAUGCCAUAUUAUGCCAUUGGCCAAAGUAAGAUAUGACUGAGAAUGACUGGUUGACUUAUGUCCCUGUUUACUUACAUUGAAUGAGGGACAUCCAUGUAGGCAUGUGUGUAGCUGUCUGAGAUAAUCCACAACAAAUCUCCAGUUAUCCUUGUGUGUAGUGAUUGGUAUUUUCUAGUGCAGAUGCUUGCAUACGUUCUAAGUUUGUGGGAAUUGGCCAUGUUGAAGAACCACAGAAGUUGUUAAUUAAACUGUGUUAAUCCAGCUCCAUUGUGGUCUGACUCAAGUGAAGAUUAUAACACUCUAUGAUCGUGAGGAGGGUAGUGGCGCUGGUUGGAAAAGUUCAGAAUGUGGGGGUGUGGGCUGAACCAAAAGGUGAAUAUCACCAUUUUCACGCCAAAGAGGUCUUUGCUGGUAAAAUAUUACAGGGAGCCAAAUGCUCUCAACCUGUUAGACCUAGGGUGCUCAGCCUGUGUCUUUUAUCCAGGGCUAAGACUUCUUUGUCAUUCAAAGUGAAGUCACCUGGUACUGUUAGAGGACAGUCCUGAAUGACCUAAGAAAAGGUACCCCUACAUGCAGUAGGGACAGGUUAUACAAAUCUGCAAAUAUACUUUAGUCUUAUCUUGUAGAUGGGUGUUGGCUGGGUGGUAGCCUGUGAGGCAGGCAUUCUAAAGGGAAGGGGAAGAGAAUUUGGGCUCAAGAUCACGUGUGAGGGAGAAGUCUGAGAGGAAGGGUUACGAACCUUUCACCCUUCUCAUGAGCCUGUAAUCCCAGGGAUAUGUUCUGGUUCAGUCUGGUAUAAUUUGUACUCCUAUCCUGUCAGUUAUGGACCAGGUAGUUCAAGAUUACAAGGCCAAGUCUGAUAGAGAGCAAAAUAACAUUUGGAAUUUCUGGGUCACAUUAUUUGGCAAAUCAUGCAAUUUCUUUACAAUAGAUAAGAUUUGGUAUACAUCUAAGAAUGAUUACUGUCAUAGAUUCUUAACCCUUUAAACCCCGAGAUCAAAAUUUGAAUUCUCAUUUGUUGCCCCUAUUCAUUUCCUACAGAAGUAGUGGGGAGAAGUUGAUAAAAUAUCAAACAAAUUCAUCUUGUGUGGUUAUGUCCGUAAUUCUCAUGACCACUCUGUUUUACAAACCAUUGAUAUUACAAGGAGAAGUUUGAUGCUGAUCACUCUUAGGGCUUAACCCAUCACCAUACAAACUCUCCAGACUGGCUUCCAUACAUUUCUCGAAAAAUUGGUUGAAAGAAUUUUUAAAAAGUUAAAGCAUAUUUCCUUUAGUCUUAAUUUUUUUGAUUCUCAUAACUUUUCUACUUGAUUAUCAAAAUUUGACAUUGUUUUACAAUACUAUAAUGAUAAUCCUAAACCUUGUGAAUAUAGGUACGGAAGAUAGCAGGAUAUCGGGAUGUUUUAAUAGCCAGUAACAAAAGUCUUGCGGAGCAUAACUUGUCACAGAAACCCAAGCUGGAGAGGAACAAACAGCUGCUUAUUGAUGCUCAUCAGAACAAAGCUUUGAUACAAGCAGAAUUUGAGAAGAACAGGACAAAACUUGGUAAAUAAUCUUGUCCAAUAUUUUAUUCACUUGCCUGUAUCCAUUAUUACAGUGUGGACACUCCAACUAGGACACUUAGAAGAAGAUUGUCCAGUCACAACAUUUUCUGAAAACAAAAGAUUCUCAAGAUUUUUUCUUGCAAAUGUACCAAUAAAAUUCAAGGUUCAACUAUGCAACUAUCUCAGGAAACAGUCCUCAGAUUUAUGGAUGUUAUUGGUCCAUUUGAAACUUUUGUUUUCAGAAAAUGUUGUGAUUCGACAAUCUUUUCAAGUGUCCUGGUUUGAGUGUCCACACAGUAAAAAAUAAAUUAUUUAUGUUUUAUGAUUGCCUUCAUUAUUAUUGGUUUAACUUAAGAAUUGAUUAUACCUGUAACAUAAUCCCUGUGAAUCAAGUAAGCAUUUAAUUGAUGUUAGAUCAGAAUAGGACCUUGUUAAGUACACCACUUCAAUAUUACGUUUACUUUUGAGAGAAAGGGCUUUUAAGCUCCCAAUAGCUAUGCAUGUAUGUCAUUAACAUUCUUACUUAGUCUUGUGAUUUAAGUGGUGGCAUUAAGGACCGUCAUUGCCACUAAACUCAGCAAUAAUCUCACCUGUCUUUCAGAAGCAUUUUCAACCCAGUAUUCUCCUGAUACAACAUUAGCACUUCUACAAACUUCCACUGCACAAGCUGAAGAGGAAGCAGAGGUUAGAAAUAUUCUUGUUGUUGCAUAAUUUUUGAAGGGUUAUGUCUUAUCAGCGUGUGGUUUCCCAGGUAUGAUCAGAAAAUAAGAAGGUUGAUUUCUUCAGUAAAUGGAUGUGGAAUGAUGAGCCAUGAGCACAACCUUUUUCCUUAAAGUUGGGUGUCUGUUCAGGAAAGUUCUACACUGUACAGAGGCCCUCUUAGUGGGAUACUUAUCUCCCGGGUCUGAAUUUCAAAUACGGUCCUUAAGUUGAUUUUGAGGAGUAGGCAAAGUCCCUGUCAAUAUUUAACCCAUCCUUAUGUCGUUUGUUACCUUUUCAUCUUGUCGCUGUUUCAAGGCCAUGUUGUCGGAAUUUUACCCCAACAAGGCCUUCAAUCUGUACUUUGAAAAUUCUUCUUACCAAAAUUGUGUACUUGAUGUGCUGCAAACUGCACCUUCUAAUACUUACUUGCAGACAUUUUUUACAACUCCUGAUAGCCAACUGUUGGUAAUAAAAUCAAUUAUUUCUUUCUUGUUUACCAUUCAUGUGCAAGAAUACUGUACUGGCAGAUUCCAGGGUUGCCCUCUUAACCCUGCGGGCCGGGCUUUAUAAUAUGCAUUGUUCAUAAUUGUCAACUCCUUUGACUUUUUCAUAUUUUGUAUUGCUUUGUUUCUAUUUAUUUUUAGAAAACAGCUGACAAAUUCUUGGAUGGGGAAAUGAAUGUUGAGGACUUCAUUCAAACUUUUCAGAGUCAGAAAACUUUGCACCACUUACGAAGGAUCAAAACUGAAAAGCUAACUGAACUGUUACGAAGUAGAAGGCCCUCCCAGUACUCAUAUAGAUUUUAGUUGAUGAAUUAAUAAUAUGUGCAGUAAUUUAAUUGAGAUCAAGUUAACAUAUUGGUAAUACACAUUUACAAUGCUGGGCAUUGUAUUAGUACCAUUCCGUUCAAUCUGCAAAACUGGAAUAGAAAGUCUUUUGAGUUGGACUC